GGUUCAAGGAUCACUCCGUACUCGUUCUCAAGGACAUGUACCCUCAGGAACGAGACAACGACAACGACGAUGAUGACGACGACGACGACAAUGACGACGACGAUGACGACGAUGACGACGACGACGACGGCGACGAACAGAGCGACCCUACAAAUAAGAAGUUUGUGGUUAACUUGAGGUCAAAGAACCGCGACAAGAACUCUCUCGAAAGAAUCAUCGUGGGACGCGUAAUGAUCCGUAACGACAACAUGCGGGAGAAAAGAUGGCUUCUGCUCGCUUUAUUUGGAUUCUUAUUGAUCAACGCGAUCACGGAUGCGCUGAAGCCGACGAGACCGAAAUUUAAAAUUGCCACAACUUCGACGACGACCACGACCGAGGAAUCACGUCUCGAGGAAAACGUGAAUGAGGAUGCCGUGACAACAACGCCAGCGACAAACUCGUCGGAGGGAAACAUAACUACCGGGCAUAUGUUAACAGGAAUCCCACAAAUUGAUUAUAUUUGGGAUCCAAAUUUGCCGCGUGAAUUGAACGGUUACAAUCUGAGCGAUUAUCCAUUCUACAACAGCAUUCCCGAGGACAUUGACUUCAAGUGCGACGGCCUACACGAUGGAUUUUAUGCGAGCGUACCUCACAAGUGUCAGGUCUAUCAUCACUGCCUUUUCGGCACACGUUACGACUUCCUCUGUGCCAAUUUCACAGCAUUCGAUCAGAAAACCUUCAUUUGCCAUUUCGUGUCCGAGGUCGAUUGCGCCAACUCGAAGAAGUACUGGCAUAGGAACGAUGCCCUCUACAAGGCGACGACCAGCUCGACGACCUCGACGUCGACGACGACCACAACUGUCGCACCGGUCACGGUGGCUUCCUCGUCGAAUGGCCGAGGUUCCUCGCGCGAACGAGAUCCAUUAAGACGAAGAAGACCAUAUUCAAGAAGAAGACCUUAUGAUUAUUAUGAUGAGGAUUAUUAUGACGACGAGUACACUCGACCACGUGGAUAUGACAGACGAGAUGAUUAUGAGUACGAAGAUAGGAAAUAUAGAAGAGAUAGAGAUAGAGAUGUAAGAGAUCGCGAUCGUGAUUUUCGUGAUAGAGAUACUGCUAGAUCCAGGGAUACAGCAAUAAGAGACGAAAGAGAUCGGGACGUUUCUCUUAGAGAAAGAUAUCCAAAUAGAAAUAAUAGGAGGGAUCAAGCAAGGCCAAGAGAUCCACCAGAAGAGGACGCAAGAGGAUUGAAGAAUAGAGAACAAGAACAAUCUAGAUCGCGAGAGAUCGAAGAUUCGGAAUUGGACGAUCGAAGGAUCGAUUCGAGAGGCAGGGACAACGAUGAUAGAAGGUAUUCCGAUAAAAGGUUCAGGGAUGAUUAUGAUGAUAAGGAUUCUGCUGGUGCUCUGUCAAAUCAAGGAUCGAUAGGUGCUACCGAAGGACUCGUCAAACCAGCUGCUCCAAUCUCUUCUGUGUAUUCCAGACCAAGGGCUCCACCUAAAAUUCGAAGACCGGUACCAUUAUCCGAACAAGACCGCUACGCUUAUAAGUCAACGUCUGCGCAAUCUACUGAAGAACCUCGAAGACGACCUGUGGAUCUUGAAGACGAUUAUUAUGACGACGAGCUCGAAGAUAUCAGACCAAUGAGACGACCACUUAGACGAAGACCGACUUAUAGAGAAAGAGAUAGAGAUCGUGAUUUCUACGACGUCAGGGACAGGGAACGAGAUCGACCCUUCAGAACUCGAUAUCGCGAGGAUGAAGAUGAUAUACGACCCAGGAAGCAUCCUGAUCGCUCUAGAGACCGUUACUACGAGAGAGAACGAGAAAGGGAUCGUAGUUUGGAACGUGGCAGAGAUCGAUCAAUCGAUCGUGGAAAAGAUCUCUCCGCUUCGAGAUCCUUGGAUCGCGAUCGUGGAAGAUAUCAAGACACUGAGAGACCCGAGAGACCGUAUUCCUCGAGUCGACCUCUAGAACGGGAAAGAGACAAUAGGCCAACGAUAGAUGAUAGAUCUCGAUCAUCCUUCAGAUCGAAAGAUUUGUCAGAUACCACGGAGACAUCUAGAAGACCGAUCUCAACGACGAGCACGACAUGCAUGCCGGAAAUGGCAGUACACGAAGUGGAGCCGGAAACAAAGCAAACGUCCGUGGAUCGAUUCGAAAGACCGGAACGCCCAACAAGACCCCUACAAUCGCAUAACAAUAACAAUAAUAACAAUAACAACAAUAACAACAAUAACAACAAUAACAACAAUAACAACAAUGGUGCUCGGGGAUCGUUCGAAGAUGAGGAAGAUAUUGGUAAGAAAUCUAUCAAAACACCUCAUUAUACAACCUACCAAGAACGAGAUCAAGAAGAAGAGGAGGAACAAGAUCCUCAAUACUCUCAACAGCAGCAACAACAGCAGCACUCAUCAUCUUACUCGGAUGAGUAUUCAUCGGAGUAUUACGACGAACCUGAGGAUCCACCAAUUCCUUCUCCAAGGACAACCGUGCGCAUUGUCAAGAGACCAUUUUUACCAUCACGAGGUGGAGUUCCCAAUCCUAGAGGACUCUCGCCGGUUGGUUCGAAAGCACCGAGAAGAGAGGAGGACAGAAGUACCGAAAGAACGAUCCUACAACAGCAACACGAGGAAAAUCAUAAAGAUUAUUACGCUCAACAGUCCCCUGAUCAAGAAAGCAAACGAAUCGAUCAGGACGGUAAACGCGAAGAGGAAAAACAAACAUAUGACGCUUACAAAGUGAUACAGAGCGAUCUCCAACAAAAACAGAGACAGGAAGAAUAUGAUAUAUCUAUAGCCAGGCCAAUAUUACGUAGACCCGCCGAAAGACAACACGAAGAGGAAGUAACAAAAUCAUUGGAACAAAAUCCAAUACCUAAAUUGGUCACCACUGAAUCUUAUGAAGAAAUUCGAAAAACACUCGAGCCAGAAGUACCGGCAAGUAACAAAAAAUGGUCUACCGAACAAUUUACUAGUAACAAGGAAAGUAACGAUGGUGUAGUGCCAACAUCCUCAGGAUCACCUAUUCGUAGCAAAAGCAGACAAUCCGUAACUGAAAUUUCCAAUCUCUACAGUUCGACUUAUAAAGCGGAAGAUAUUCAUGAGCAACCUUCCGGGCCAAGUAGUUUUCGUGUAAAACAAAGAAUAAACGAGGUGACCCAUAAACUUCAAGAUAUUCCGGACAGCGAGUACGACGUAACAUUAAACGAUGCACUAACACCUACGUUAAAUCAAGAGGCCAACUUGCCCAGUGGUUUUGUUUUACCUCUUCACAGACAACUCGGUAGAGACACAGUUUUACAAUCCUCGGAGGACAAUUAUAAAAUUUCCAGACCGAUCGGUCAACAACAACAACAACAACAACAACAACAACAACAAAAAUCAUUCGUACCGAGUCCACAAUUUGUUCCAGCUCCAGCUAUCCCAAACGAGAGACAACGAAAUGUUUAUUAUAGAACACCGGAACCAAUCUCAUACAAUGGACAACAUUACAGACAACAAAAUCAGCCUUGGCAAGAUUAUACCGGUUAUUAACAGAGGAUAAUCAUCGUCAUAAAAAAGGGGAGGGAAUGCGAAGAAAAAUUAAAAGAAAAUCGAUCACAUAGCUCAAAGAUUUCCAAAGUAUUCCCUUAAUUUCUCAAUUGUUCAUUGUUCGUAUACGAAGAUUCUCAAGGGAGAUUGGCUUGUGACAAGAGGAAUCGUAUGUGGAUAGAUAUUUUGUGAGGAUUGGACGAUCACAUCCUUUUAUGUCUUUCAUUCCAAUUAACGUACACAAAUAAUCAUGCAAAAAAAAUAUCACGAUACAAUUUUCAAUAUAGAAUUGAAUGAUUAGCAAUAAGAAAAAAAAAUAGAAAAAAGCAAAAAAAGAAAAAAAAAAUUCGAUUACAUCUCUGCGUUAGAUGUCGCAGAGAAAAAAAAACGCUCGUUUCUUUUCUUUUCCUUUUAUAAUAUUUUAU